AUGUUUUCAAGUGACACGACCUUGGGGAUUUUCCUCACAUCUCAGUGCUGUAUUGGUGUCAUAGGGAACUCGUUGAUCUUCCUGUCAUCUCUGUACACUUUCUCAGUUCAACAUUACUUAAAGAAACCCAUAGAUUCAAUUUUCAUGCACCUGACAAUGGUCAAUAUAUUAGCUAUUGUCUUUUUGUUGAUACCUGAUAUUGCGUCAUCCUUUGGAAUAAGACAUUUUCUCAGUGAUGCUGGUUGUAAGGCAGUCUUGUAUAUCUACAGAGUUACCCGGGGUCUUUCCAUCUGUACGACCUCUAUUCUGAGUACAUUUCAAGCCAUCACCAUCAGUCCCAGUAACUCUACGUGGGCGUGGCUGAAACCUAAACUGUCAACAUGGACCCCUCUCUUCUUUAUUUUUUCCUGGCUCAUCAACAUGCUCAUCUAUAUUGAGAUCAUUAAGUCUGUAAUAGCCAAAACCAAUGCCACUCUUGCUGGCCAUGGAUAUUAUCAUGCUUACUGUCAAAACCGGAAUUUUGGAAAACAAAAUAAAGGGUUAUUUUUAAGUGUCAUAUUGACUAGAGACCUCAUUUUUGUGGCCCUUAUGUUGUCAACCAGCCUCUACAUGGUGAAUUUCCUCUACAGACAUUAUAAGAGAGCCAAGCAGAUCCACAUUCGGAGCCUCUCCUCCCAGUCAUCUCCUGAAACCAGAGCUACAUGGAUCAUCCUGUUGCUGGUUAGUUGCUUUGUAUUCUUUUAUUGGUUGAGUAACUUUGUCACCCUUUAUGGAUUCUAUACACCUGAGAAAAUCCCAAGACUGGAGCAAGUUAAUGCUAUUUUAUCAUCAAGUUACCCAACCAUCUGUCCUUUUCUACUCAUGAGGAAUAAUAAAAACAUUUUACAUUUUACUUCAUCCCUUUCAGUACUGAGAAUUACUCAUUUUCAAAGAUCAAACAUCUGA